AUGCCAACAUGUAUUUUACGUGAAUUUUUGGCAUAUCAAUGGGAAGAAUUUCUAUUUAAUAAAGAUGCAUAUAAUCAAUUAGAUGAAAAUAUUAUUAAUUUUUGGGAUAUGUCAAAAGGUUUAGCACCGGAAUUAUCUCAAUUGCAUUACACCUAUUUGAAAGUUAUAAAUUAUAAAUUAGCAGGAAAUAAUAAAGUACUUGAGUUAUUGGUUGUAACUUAUCUUUGUGUAAAGAAGGCCCGUUCAUUUUUGUGA